AUGUCAACUGUCGUAUCGCAAGUUAGCGUUAAUAACGAGAAACCUAUUGAUAGGGAAAAGAUUUGCCCUCUGUUACUCCGUGUUUUCUGUGCCAAUGGAAGACAUAACUCACUUCAAGAUUACGGAAGAGGUGGAACACCAGCUAAUGAACUCCAAAUGUAUACUUGGAUGGAUUGUACAUUGCGGGAGCUGACUUCUCUCAUUAAAGAGGUUAAUCCUGAAGCUAGACGUAGAGGAACUAACUUUGAUUUCGCAAUAGUUACCCCUGACAAGAACUAUCCCCGUUUUUAUAUGAGAACCAUCGGAAUUACAACUAAUGGUCAACGAGGAAUCGAUGAUGGGAAAACUCUUCAAAUGUGUAAAUUCGAAGUAGGAGAUUUCAUUGAUGUAGCCAUUUCCAUGCCAGGAGCCGGAAUGGGCCAACGCCGCAACUUCAAUUAUGAUCGUGACAGAAGACAGGGAAGUCCAAACAGGGAUAGACGUUAA